AACUCAAAUCAUCUCUGAUUUAUAGGUCCAGUAUAGAAUGCAUCCAUGCCUCUCAGAGUUUCCAUCCAACUGCUUUUAUGAAGGCACACUGCAAAAUGGAGUGACUGUUAAUGAGAGGCAAUCGUCUGGAAUUGAUUUUCCUUGGCCUGUUCCAAAUCGCCCAAUGUUCUUCUAUGUGCAGAUGGGACAAGAAGAAAUCAGUGCUAGUGGGACAUCGUAUCUCAAUAGAACUGAAGCUGCAAAUGUUGAAAAAAUUGUAACAACUUUUUUAAGAAGUGGUGUUGUACCAAGCCAGAUCGGAGUUAUCACACCUUAUGAAGGGCAAAGGGCAUACAUUGUAAAUUUCAUGUCAAGGAAUGGCUCUCUUCGCCAACAACUUUACAAGGAAAUCGAGGUCGCUAGUGUAGACUCAUUUCAGGGUAGAGAGAAAGACUACAUUAUUCUAUCUUGUGUUAGAAGCAAUGAGUACCAGCUGAGCUUUGUUUAA